AUGGCCGGGACAUCGCCGCAAAAGGACCCGGUCGACCUCACCUUCGAGGGGUUUGACACGACCAACGAGCCUGAGGCGCUCAUUAACCUCGACGAGGAGCUGGGCAACGCGCAGAACGACGAACUAGUCAAGCAGGUACUGACCAAGGGAGUUGACCUGCGCCAGCACUCGCGCCAAAUCGAGCAGGAGCUGCACGACCUCGAGGACGAGCAGCUGGCCAGCUACGAGCAGCACGAGAGCGAGCUUUUGGCACUCGACGCCGAGAUCAAGAACUGCGACGAGGUGCUCGAGAACAUGGAGCGGCUGCUGGUUAACUUCAAGUCCAACUUGGGCGCCAUCAAUAACGACAUCCAGGCGCUGCAGACGGACUCGCUGUCGAUGAGCCUGAAGCUCAAGAACCGGGUGGUGACCGAGAAGCAGCUCAGCAAGAUCCUACAGGGCGUGGUGGUGCCACCAGAUGCGGUGCGGACAAUUUGCGAUGGUGAAGUCAACGAGAAGUACCUGGAGUGUCUGGUUGAGGUCAACAAGAAGAUUGCCUAUAUGAGGGUACACGGCAAGCAGCACAAGCGCCUGCGCGCGUUCCAGGAGAUUCAGCCUGAACUGGACCUGUUGCGGCUGCGGGCGUCAGCCAAGAUCCGCGAGUACCUGCUUGACAAGAUCAACGGCCUGCGCGCCCUCAGCACCAAUGUCCUGAUCCUGCAGAACUCGAUCUUCCUUAAAUACCGGUUCUUCAACCACUUUCUGAUCGAGCGUCACCCAGAGGCUGCGGUCGAGGUGCGCGACAGCUACAUCCACAUUAUGCGGCAGUACUACUUGGACCAUUUCGAGACGUACCAGCGCGGGCUGAUGAAGCUCGAGCGUGUCAUUGCAGACAAAUCCGAUGUCAUAGGGCUGGACGAGUCGUCGACAAAGCUCAGCCUGUUUGGAUCAACCAAGACGGUUGCGCGCGACAAAAACAACGUGUUCAAUCUGGGUACACGCGCGGCGAUUCUAGACAGCAGCGACCCACGCGCCAUCGUGCUGUCGAUUGCGACAGAUUCGAAUGCAAAGUAUCCGUUCGAGGAGCUGUUUCGCAGCUACAACCUGGCGCUGGUCGACAACGCGACAACUGAGUACGAGUUCAUCAUGCAGUUCUUUGUCAGCCCCAAGGCGCGCCAGAAGAUGACCGGAUCGGACAUGGCGCGGAUGAUCUUUGGCCACAUAUUUGAGCCCAGUAUGCGGGUGGGCGAGCUGUUCCUGAAGGGCUACCUGGAGACAGCGCACGAUGCGCUAGGCAUCCUGCUGUGUAUCCGCAUUAUGGCAAGCCUGGCCAGUGAGUUGCAGCGCCGCCUGGUGCCUGUGCUUGAAUCCUACGUGAACUCGAUGAAUAUGCACCUGUGGCCAAAGUUCCAGGCCAUCAUCGAUACGCACAUCGAGAGCAUCAAGCGGCUGGCAAAUGCGCACAGGAGCAAGACAAAGCUUGAUACGCAGCCCCCCGCAGCGGUGCGUCGCUAUGCGGAGCUAGCAGCAUCAAUACUGAGGCUCAACGCCGCCUACAACACGCACGCAGUGUCCCUGGGACUGGCGCGUCUGCGCACAUCAGUGCAGUCGUAUCUGACGCAUGUGUCAGGCAGCAGCUCCGACAAGCACCAGGCGCUGGUUUUCUUGAUCAACAGCUACGAUCUGCUGCUGACGGUUCUGUUUGAAAACGGGUUCUCGGAGCGCGAGGAGGAGGUGGCAAGCUGGAAGCAGGAGUUCUCGGCGACCGUGAUGGAGUUUGCUGAGACAGAGCUUGCCAAGCACUUUGGAUAUCUCAAGCAGUUUGUGCUUGAGGCCGAGCAGCAGUCGGAUAUCAGCCAGGUGGGCACCGACGGGCUGGACCGGGUUGCUGGCGAGUUCAACGCUGGCUGGCGGUCGCAGAUUGCCAACAUUAACUCAUCGAUUAUUCAGAGCUUCUCCAACUUCCGCACCGGCACAGAGAUCCUGCAUGCAGUGCUCGGCCAGCUCAUCAUCUACUACACGAGGUUCCACAGUUUGUACGAUAAGCGCUUUGCUCGUCGUGGUUCAGCCACUAGCACGUGCCAGCCAGUAGGCGUGCAGAACGUGAUGGUUGAGAUUAAGAAAUACAGGAACAACUUUUAACCAUAUUAUAUCUGACAUCCACAUUUGACGAAACAUGAUGCUUU